UAUGCGUGGCGCACUGCAUCACACCGGGCCGGUGUUUAAACAGAAGUUCACAGUUACCGUCAAAUUCAAGGAAGAAAUAACGCUUGACUUGGAAAUUAACGGGAAGUCAAACGGGACCAGAUUGGUGAUAAGACAGCAUCUGAAUGAAACGCAACCUGUAGGAAGAAAUGUGUCGGCUUCGGCCAUCUACAUGUCGAAAGAAAGAGACAUUAUAUACAGGGAGGAUGUAGAAGUCGACGGCGCAAUCACCACUUACGGACUCUUUCGAGACCACGAUGCCCUUAAGUAUUUUAACGGACGGGGAGGUAUGCUUGAACUUCCGGUUGAUAAAGGGGCAAUCAACGUGGACGCUCCAACACCUAAAUUCGUACCAAAAGCUAAGAAACGUAAGCGGAUUAAGACGAAGCCUCGCCACAAGAGACAAGGGUUGGAAACAUUCGGGACGCCAGCAGUGGCAAAACUCCUUGUGUUUGUCGACAAAACAACAAUUGACAGGUUUUUACCACUAAACAACAACGACCAGGACCUGACUCAAACGGACAUUAAGAAGUUCUUUACCUUGGCUGGAAACGAGAUGACAAUAAUAUAUCAAUCAUUACGAAAGUACGGGUACGUGUACUACAGGGGUACGAAGACAGCUUUUCCACAGAACAUUGCCAUACAGAUUUUGGAAGUGAUAUUUCCGACAUACCCGAAUGACUUUGGAUUCGUUCCCACCAAUGUUCUAGAAGGAAGUAAAAUAUCGAGCAAGGUGCUAGACUCGUUUGAAAAGUUCAUUGCAACAUACUCGCCACCGCUUGGAGUAGAAUAUGAUCACGCAUCCUUGGUGACCGGGUAUGACUUGUUCGACGGUGUUGGUGGUCUAAUACUUGGUCUAACAAAUCCUGCAACGAUGUGCAGGCGAAGCAAGUUCACCAAUGGUGAACACGUAUCAAUUAAUAAAUUGACUGCAGACAUAGUACCAACGAUGGCGCACGAACUUGGACAUGCAUUUGGCAUGGGACACGACGGAAUCAGUAACCCUUGCCAAAACUUUACUUUUUUGAUGGCUAACGGAGGGUUUGAUGCCACUAUGGGUAAUGCUGCAACCUACAGAGCUUUCUCGGAUUGCUCAUCCAAAUAUUUACAGGACUAUACAAAUGGGAUUGGUGAUGAUUUCCGAGCAACGUGUCUGAUGCCUCCAACGGCGACUUUCAACGCGAGUUCAUGUUUGGGAUUCCCUGGACAGAUUAAAACUUUGGAUCAGCAGUGCAAACUUGCCUUUGGCGCCAGAAGCACACGGUGUACACCAGAGGAUGUGAAAGGUGCACAAAACGAAUCCUUUCUGAAAAAUGGUUAUGUUGUCCAUUGCGUCAUGGACAACGACAAAAUUUCACCAUUCUAUUGCAUGGAUCCGAAAACCAAGAAAUGUUCUGCCAUACCUGACGUUAUGAUGGGAACCAGAUGUUUAAUCAACGGCGAGAUGAACCAAAAUAAUAGAUGCUAUCAGGGAGUGUGCAAAAGCGUCAAGUUGUGUGAUGCCCCUACUACGAGUGAUAGAAGGUUGCAAAGAGAAGAGCAGCCCCAAACACCAUAGCCGCGUGUGUGCUGGAUGUAAAAAGAUUGUGGACAACUAUAGUAAGGACUGCGUUCCAGUCCUUUAUGUUUUAACUCGCCGAGGUCUGUUUAACUCAUUUAUGCCUAGUGAACUCUUCCAUCCUUCUAAAUUGGAUCAAUUUAUUUCCAAAAUUAGAGAUGCCUAGUAUAUUUAUUUUUAUAUUUAGAAUAUUAUUUCUCACGAAAUUCCUUUAAGCAAACAGCGCAGACCCUGAUGAUACGCCUCAUCAUGCGGCGUCUCAUCUGGAUCUACGCUGUUUGCCAGGACCUUUUUUCUAGACGCUAGGCAUAAAUGGGUUACAACCAAAAAAUGUAUCACCACAGUCUUUUGUUGCACCUAUAUGGCCAUAAAAUUGUCAAUACUAGAAUAAUGUUUUUUAUGUACAAUUAUCUAUUUUGAUGAACAAAUAACGUGUAAAAAGACCAAUCAAAUAAGAAAUCGAACAUGAGAGACACAUACUAUCCUCUGGCUGAGAAACAUUUGUACUGCUGAGACGGUAUUCGAAUCAGAAUAGCCAGCUGUAGUAUACUUAUAUGCGUUCGUAGAUAUUAAACUUAAAGGGUCCUUUUAACGUUUUGGUAAAUUGACAAAAUCAAAAACACAUUGUUUCACAUUCGCAAAUUUUCGUUGUAGUUAUUAUAUUUGUGAGGAAUUAGUAAUACUGAACAUUUACCAUGCUUAAAAAUA